GUGAGACAGUCCGAGGCGGUGACACAGUUUUGCUACAGAGAUUUCAAAGUUGAAGAGAGAAGUUACCAUUUCUAGGGUUUUAGGGUUAGGGUAUUCUCAAAUUGCAAGAACAUGGGUUUUAACAUUCAACCCUAUGGGAUUCAAUCCAUGCUCAAGGAAGGCCACAAACACCUUUCUGGUCUAGAUGAGGCGGUUCUCAAGAACAUCGACGCCUGCAAACAACUAUCCACUAUAACUCGAACUUCCCUUGGUCCCAAUGGUAUGAAUAAGAUGGUUAUAAAUCAUUUGGACAAGCUUUUUGUCACGAAUGACGCUGCGACAAUUGUGAACGAACUUGAAGUUCAGCAUCCUGCUGCCAAGAUUUUGGUUUUGGCUGGGAAGGCUCAACAAGAGGAGAUUGGGGAUGGAGCUAACUUAACUAUUUCUUUUGCUGGGGAGCUCCUGCAGGGUGCUGAGGAACUUAUCAGGAUGGGUUUGCAUCCGAGCGAGAUAAUCAGUGGAUACACUAAAGCAAUCAACAAGACUGUUCAAAUAUUGGAUGAUCUGGUUGAGGAAGGUUCGGAGACUAUGGAUGUUCGUGAUAAGGAGCAAAUUGUUUCUCGAAUGAAAGCAGCGGUUGCUAGCAAGCAGUUUGGUCUAGAAAAUACCAUAUGCUCACUUGUUGCUGAUGCAUGCAUCCAAGUAUGUCCGAAAAACCCAGCAAACUUUAAUGUGGACAACAUUCGCGUUGCAAAGCUCUUGGGAGGGGGCUUGCAUAACAGCACAGUAGUUCGAGGAAUGGUGUUGAAGAGUGAUGCUGUUGGGACUGUAAAGCAAGCAGAGAAGGCAAAGGUUGUUGUGUUUGCCGGUGGUGUUGAUACAUCAGCAACUGAGACUAAAGGAACUGUCCUCAUACAUUCAGCGGAGCAGCUGGAAAAUUAUUCAAAAACUGAAGAGGCUAAAAUAGAGGAGCUCAUCAAAGCAGUAGCAGAUUCUGGUGCCAAAGUGAUUGUCAGUGGAGGAGCAGUUGGAGAGAUGGCUUUGCAUUUCUGUGAGCGUUACAAGCUUAUGGUUCUGAAAAUCAGCUCUAAGUUUGAACUACGACGAUUUUGCAGAACAACUGGUUCUGUUGCUAUGUUGAAACUCAGCCAACCAAAUCCAGAUGAUCUUGGAUAUGUGGAUUCGGUUUCAGUUCAGGAAAUUGGUGGUGUCAGGGUGACUAUUGUCAAAAAUGAAGAGGGUGGAAAUUCUGUGGCCACUGUUGUUCUACGAGGAAGUACUGAAAGUAUACUAGAUGAUCUUGAAAGAGCAGUGGAUGAUGGAGUGAACACUUACAAGGCUAUGUGCAGGGAUAGCCGAAUUGUACCUGGCGCUGCAGCCACAGAAAUUGAGUUAGCUAAACGGGUGAAAGAUUUUUCCUUCGGGGAGACAGGGUUGGAUCAGUAUGCCAUAGCAAAAUUUGCAGAAAGUUUUGAAAUGAUUCCUAGAACUUUGGCUGAGAAUGCUGGGUUAAAUGCAAUGGAGAUCAUAUCUUCGCUAUAUGCAGAACAUGCAUCUGGAAAUGCCAAAGUUGGCAUUGAUUUGGAAGGUGGCUGUAAGGAUGUUUCAACCUUGAGCAUUUGGGAUCUCCAUGUGACUAAGCUCUUUGCUCUUAAAUAUGCUGUAGAUGCUGCAUGCACUGUACUACGAGUGGACCAGAUUAUCAUGGCAAAACCAGCUGGUGGUCCAAGGAGAGGAGAGCAACCUGCAGGCGCAGAUGAAGAUUAAGUCUAAAAAAAUGCGAAUUGAUUAUCAUCUUGGUCAUGUUUGUAUCUCAACAUGAUGGCUCGAAUUUGACUUAGGCAAUGUUUUAUUUUAUUUAGACUUUACUAGUGGUGUUCUUCACAAAAUUUUGAAUUUUGUUUUUGCCAUGAAAUACAAAGAGGUGUGUUCUGUAAAUUUACGUAUUUGUAGCCCUGUUGUGUGAGUGGAGAUAUUAAUGUACUGAUCAUUAUCGCCCUGGCCUUUGUUUGAGAUCUCAUGUAUGUAAGGUUUUUCGGGUAUCAGUUCUCUAGCAUCAAAGCUGUUACUCUUGAAAUUUAUCCAUUAUUGAGAUAGAAAACUUAUUGGGUUUUUCA